CCCCCCGCAGCCCGGGAGCUGGAGGGAUGGAGAACUCCUCCGCUGCGUCUGCCUCAUCCGAGGCUGGGAGCAGCCGCUCCCAGGAGAUCGAGGAGCUGGAGCGCUUCAUUGACAGCUACGUGCUCGAGUACCAGGUGCAGGGGCUGCUGGCCGACAAGACGGAGGGGGACGGCGAGAGCGAGCAGACGCAGUCGCACAUCUCCCAGUGGACAACAGACUGCAGUGAGCAGCUGGACAGCAGCUGUUCCUUCUCCCGAGGCCGAGCUCCCCCGCAGCAGAAUGGCAGCAAAGACAACUCUCUGGACAUGCUGGGCACGGAUAUCUGGGCAGCCAACACCUUUGAUUCCUUCAGCGGUGCCACCUGGGACCUGCAGCCCGAAAAGCUAGACUUCACCCAGUUCCACCGGAAGCUGAGACAUACGUCCAAGCAGCCCCUGCCGCAUAUCGACCGGGAAGGGUGUGGAAAAGGGAAGCUAGAAGACGGGGAUAGCAUCAACCUGAACGACAUCGAGAAGGUUCUCCCAGCCUGGCAGGGCUACCACCCGAUGCCCCACGAAGUGGAGAUCGCCCACACGAAGAAGUUGUUCCGACGGAGGAGAAAUGACCGGAGACGGCAGCAGAGACCCCCAGGAGGAAACAAGCCCCAGCAGCAUGGUGACCACCAGCCAGGCAGUGCCAAACACAACAGGGACCACCAGAAAUCCUACCAGGGGGGCUCGGCGCCCCACCCCUCAGGGAGGCCCACCCACCAUGGCUACAGCCAGAACCGACGCUGGCACCAUAGCAACAUGAAGCACCCCCCAGGAGACAAGGGGGAGGCAGGCGCCCACCGCAAUGCCAAAGAGACCGUGACCAUGGAGAGUUCCAAACUGGAGGACGCCCUGGGGGACACCGGGCACAGCUGCCUUGAACCCCCCUGCAGCCCUGAUGCGCUUGCCCCAGUGGCUUCUGAGAGGCUGCCCCUGCAGCAGUCAGGGGGUCCGGAGGCCGAGACAAAGCGUAAAGACAGUAUUAUUCCCGAGCGCAUCGGGGAGCGGCCCAAAAUUACCCUGCUCCAAUCUUCCAAAGACAGGCUGCGGCGAAGGCUGAAAGAAAAGGUACCGGACGAAGUGGCCGUGGAGACCACCAGCCCUCAGCAGAACAAGAUGGACAAGUUGAUCGAGAUCCUGAACAGCAUGCGGAACAACAGCAGCGACGUGGACACCAAGCUCAGCACCUUCAUGGAGGAGGCCCAGAACUCGACCAACUCUGAGGAGAUGCUGGGAGAGAUCGUCCGGACCAUCUACCAGAAGGCCGUGUCCGACCGCAGCUUCGCCUUCACGGCCGCCAAACUCUGCGACAAGAUGGCCCUCUUCAUGGUGGAGGGGACCAAGUUCCGGAGCCUGCUUCUCAACAUGCUUCAGACAGCCUCCGGCCGCCAGAGUCCUUUCCUGCCCUUUCUCCUCGCAUGGCUCAUACUCAGCUCAUACUCAUACUCAAGCCCCCCCAGCCUCUGGAUCUCCAGCCGGUCUCUUCGGUGGCCUCUGAGAUGCCCCUCAUGUGGCCAGUUGGGCUGCUGCCUCCACAUCAGAGGCCCGGCUUAGCGAUGCUGGCUGCAGUGGGGCCAAGGGUGUGAAGUACGCGAUGAACCCAGCUCCCGGCGCCGCCGGCUUUGGACGGCGUUCUCCUUGGCCGACUGCUUUUGCUGCCUGGGUUUCCAGUGGGAGCUGGAAGCAUGGGGGAGAGGGGCAGGCUCUGCUGUAGGGGACUCUCUGGCAGAGGAGAGAGCUCCCUGCCCCGCCAGGGUGCAGACCUCUUCAGUGGGGCCAAAGGAAGGUCAGAGGACCUUUAACCUUAAUGCCUGCUCAGCAUUGUCCUCUCCUGGAGCCCAGAAGCACUCCCCUCCUAAGCCAGUGGGGUUUCAAUGGACCCAUCCCCAAUCCCACAGCUCAAGAAUGGUCUUCAGUCUUUACAUCAAAACCAAGUCGUUUUGCCUUAAAUAUGGUCCUUUUCUUCAUGCUCUUGUAAAUAAAAUUCCACGUAUUAAACAGUGGAAUUUCCUAAAUGUCUAUUACACUUCAAGCGUUAGAUCAGUGUUUCUCACCAGAUCGGUGCUUCUCAACUCGAAUGUGCUUUUGAAUCGCAUGGUAUUUAAUUUAAAUGCAGAUGUUGGUCCCCUCGUUCUGAGUGCAGGUCUGACGAGCUCCCAGGUGAUGUGGGUGCUGGAGGCCCAGGGACCUGACACUUUGAGUCACAAGGCCUUGUACUGGGUGACUGUCAGUUUGUGGGUGAUGGGUCAGUGUUAUAGAUGGGCCUCCUGAGUCACAGACUUUUAUUGGUGUGCUUGUCAGCAGUGGGGAUACGAACACUCAGUUCCAGCCACCUGGUUUUCUGUAGGCCAGGGGUUCUCAGCCUAGCUGCCUGCUCGAAUCAUACAGAGAGGAGCAUACCACUGCAGGAGUCCUAGACUGAACCAGCCGAAUUAGGUUCUCCAGGGACAGGCUGGCCAUCCUUCUGAAAGAUCUCCCCUGUGAUGCUGCUGUGUAGACAGGUGAGCGCCACUGGGGAGGUAGACAGUCCAGAAAUGAUCUGACUGUGCCACCAUUGUCCCUUAUGAACCAGCUGGCCCUGCCUGUCAUUCCGUGAGCCAGUUAAGAAAUUUGUAGCAGGUAUUGGGCUCUUUGCUGAGUAGCGUGGAAGACGCGGAGCCUGAGCCAAGGAGUGAACACCAAAGCAGGAGACAUGGCAUCAGAGCCAGUCCCUUCACUUUGUCCGGCCUCAGGAUCCCCCCUGGGCCAUGAGGAAGCCAUUCUAGACCAUCUGGGGGACCCUUUCUCACAUUCCUUGUCAUUGUUUUGGGGUUCCUCCGGGAGCAGCUCCUCACUAACCAAGUCAACCAGGCAGGAGCCAAGAGGUGCCUCUCCUCGCUGCUGGCCCUGUUCCUCUCUGUCCUUAGCUUGUCUCCCUGUGUCCUUUUCCUCUUUCUUGGCCUCAGACAUAUGUCGGAGCAGCUAUCACGUGUUUUAGGAAAGGGACCUCACUCUAAACCCACAUGGCCCGGGUAUGCCAGAGGCUGGGCCACCCGGUAAAGCUGGGGAGACGAUCGGCUUCACUGCCUAGUGUGCGUCCCUCCACCCGCGCCCACCCAACUCCCGACUUCACGUCUGCUGGGUCCCACACCCACUGGAGCAUGUGCCUUGAUGCUUUCUGACUUCCAGGGGAAUGUGGGGUGCCCAGGACCCCCGAGUGACAGAAGUUACCAAAAGUCUCGGCCUUGAUCCUUACCCGGAAAUUGCGGGAUGAUAAUGGGGUGUGGCGGGGGAGGCUCCAGCUUCACGAGGCGGGCAAGAAUGACUGUGCCUCUUUUUAUGGGACCUCUGGAAUGAGAAGCAUUGGAGGCCUGAGCCUCCUCCGCCCGGCACUACCCUGUCACCACCCCAGGCCUUCCACUUGGGCUUCGGGAGGGUUCCUUCGCGGAGGUAUGCCUGGGCAGUACAAGUUCAAGCCCUCCUCUGUUGAAAUGUGCAUGCCCUGUUUAGCCAAGAGGUGUCUGCAUCUGAGCUAUGCAGAGCAAAGUAUUAUUAGAGCAGGCAUCAGUGUGUCUGUAACUGACCCCAGCUCUCCCUAGCAACUGUUGCCAGCAACACAUCUAACAGAAGGAUGCGAUACCUUUUUUGAAAAAAAAAAAAGAAGAAGAAGAAGAACUCAUCUCAACUCAAGUUGUAAACACAGCAGGGCUGUUGUGGGGCAGGGGUUUAGGGGGGAGACAAAAAAAAAAAAAAACCACCAAAUCGGAAUCUGGCAUAUGACCAGAUUUCAAAA